UAGUCGUAUUCUUGAUUGAUUCCCACCACCUUUACUCUGUCAUAACUUGACCUCCAUUGAAAAAAAUUUGAGCUACAAUACUAACAUCUCAUUUCUCUCCCGUGGAAAAGCUCAUCAUGUUCCAACAAUUCAUCUUUCUCCUUGGCCUCCAUUUCCUUUUUCUUCUACUACCUUUCUCAUCAGCUUACACGCGUCCUGCUGAGUACUUCAUCAACUGUGGAUCAAGUUCCAACUUCAACGGCAACGACGGUCGAAACUUUGUCGGCGACCGGCGUUCUGGUGUUUCCUUCUUCGUAGGACAAGGCAGCAGCACUGUCCAAGACACGAGUCCCCCGGACGGCUUGUCUCAACUCUACUGGUCCGCAAGAACCUAUCGACAGCCUUCGUUUUAUGAGUUUAUGAUGAAAGAAAGCGGCACCUACUUUGUACGUCUCCAUUUCUUUAUUUCUUCAUCUUCUAAUAAUCUAGCCAACGCUGUAUUCAGUGUUGUAGCUUCAGAGUUUAGUCUAUUAUCAAAUUUUAGUGUCAAAAACAAUCCUGGUUUGCCUGUCAUCAAGGAAUUUUUGGUCAAUGUUAGAGUAGGAAGAUUUAGAAUCCACUUUGUACCUACUGAAGGAUCAAAUCUAGCUUUUAUAAACGCCAUUGAAGUCUUUCUUACCCCUGAAAAGUUCAUAAUCGAUACCGCUCCGCUCAUUACUCCGGCAGCCGGACGACGAAAUUAUUUCGUCCAUUUGCAAUCUCAGGUGUUGCAUACCCUUCAUAGGAUCAAUGUUGGGGGGCCUAUCCUCACACCAGAGAGUGAUACAUUGUGGAGGAACUGGAUACCAGAUGAUAGUUUCUUAUUCAAUCCAAGAGCUGCUAGGAACAGUUCAUUUUUUAGUGAUGAACCUAAAUACAAAUUGGGAAAUGCCACUGAAUAUAUUGCCCCAAGUCUUGUUUAUAGGACUGCAAAGGAAAUUAAUGUAGAAGAGAGCAGGAAAUUGAAUCUGUCCAAUAUAACUUGGAGCUUUAAUGCGAGUAAGAGUUCUAGACACUUUGUUCGCUUGCACUUUUGUGACAUAGUUGCUCCAUCUUUUGAUUCUAUUGUCUUUAAUCUCUCCAUCUACAACAAGUUUGUCCAGAGGAUUAGUUCGUAUGAACAAACGGGACAGUUAGAAACUCCGUUUUACUUCGAUUGUGUGGUUGAUUCUGAUGAAUCUGGAACCAUGAACAUAAGUGUAGGGCCUACAUCCGACUCUCAGGAUCAAAAUGCCUUCUUAAAUGGAAUCGAAAUAAUGGAGUUUAUGAAGAAAUCGGAUAUUGUUUUGCCUACAGAGAAGCCUAAAAGUAAAAGGAGUAAUCUCUUUGCUAUUGUUGGUUCAGUUGUUGGGGGUACAUUUGUUAUUAUUUUGAUAGUGGCAGUGCUUGUGGUUUCGAAGUGCAGGAAAGCAAAGGCUUCACAAUCUUCAGCUAACAUGUCCCCUUCCAACUUAAAUUUUGCUCUUAGAAUACCUUAUCAUGAAAUUGAGCAAUCAACCAAGAACUUUCAUUCCAGUUUGUUGAUUGGAGAAGGUGGAUUUGGAAAAGUCUAUGAAGGAUUGUUGAAUGGUAAGAAAGUUGCUGUUAAAAGGAGUGAACCGGGACGUGGACAAGGCCUUUUAGAAUUUCAGACAGAGAUUGAAGUCUUGUCCCGAAUCCACCAUCUUCAUCUUGUUUCAUUAAUAGGAUACUGUGAUGAAGGAUUGGAAAUGAUAUUGGUGUAUGAAUUCAUGGGGAAGGGUACCCUAAGAGAUAAUCUUUAUUACUCAACUCCCUCUGUUGACAAAUUGUGUGGUGCUCGAUCCGAAUUAUCUUGGAAGCAGAGGCUUGAAAUUUGCAUUGGCGCGGCCAAAGGACUUAAUUACCUACACACUGGUUCGAAUGGAGAAAUCAUUCACCGUGAUGUCAAGUCCACAAACAUCCUACUUGAUGAACAGUUGGUAGCCAAAGUUGCUGAUUUCGGUAUCUCGAAAUUAGUCCUUCCUGAUGUUGAACACAGUGUUAACGUCAAAGGUACAUUCGGAUAUCUCGACCCCGAAUACUUCCUAUCACUGCAGUUGACGGACAAAUCCGAUGUCUACUCUUUUGGAGUCGUGCUUCUCGAAGUACUCUGUGCUAGGCCGGCGGUUAUCUGGUCAAAUAGGAGGGAAGAAGUGAACUUAGCCGAAUGGGGAAUGCUUUGGUUGAGAAAAGGCCAACUUGAGAAGAUAAUUGAUCCAAUGCUAGUGGAUACAAUCAACCCCAACUCAUUAAGGAAGUUUGGUGAGACAGCCGAAAAGUGUUUAAGGCCAUCCGGUAGAGAAAGGCCGAUUAUGCGGGAUGUGCUGUACGAUUUAGAGUACGCAUUGCAGCUUCAGUUAACUCCGAUGAAUGGUGGACCAGAUGAAGAUAGUACCACUAAUGCUUCAUUAGAAUUCACAAUGCCGGUUCUUCAUCCAUUACCUUCGAAUGACGAAGAAGAUGCAACUGUGGUACUUGAUGAUGGUUCAGGUGUAACUUCUAGCCAAGUUUUCUCAACAUUGAGGGUUGGUGAGGCCAGAUGAGCUCCACUGAUUUACUUAAUAAAUUACAUUUUGUAAGUAGUAUUCUUUUUGGUAUAUUUUUAUAUGCUUUUGUUGACUCAAAUCCAGGAUGAUUAUGCAU